UUUUUUUUUUUCGUUUUUCUUUUUUUCACUCUAACAAAAUGGCUGAUAUCACUACUCGUCAGGUUGGUGCUCUUAACUCUCUCGACUUCAAGCUCUAUUUCGAAAAGAACGGUGUUCCUGUUUCUCCUUUCCAUGAUAUUCCCCUUUUCGCCAACGCUGAAAAGAAUAUCUUCAACAUGAUUGUUGAAAUUCCUCGUUGGACUAAUGCUAAGCUCGAAAUUAGUAAGGAAGUUCCUAUGAACCCUAUCAUUCAAGACACCAAGAAGGGUAAGCUUAGAUUUGUUCGUAACUGUUUCCCUCACAAGGGUUACAUUUGGAACUAUGGUGCUUUCCCUCAAACCUGGGAAGAUCCUAAUCAUACUCAUGCUGAAACCAAGGCUCGUGGUGAUAACGAUCCUAUUGAUGUUAUCGAAAUUGGUGAACAAGUUGCCACUGUUGGUCAAAUUAAGCAAGUUAAGGUUCUUGGUAUCAUGGCCCUUUUGGAUGAAGGUGAAACUGAUUGGAAGGUUAUCGCCAUUGAUAUCAACGAUCCUUUGGCUUCUAAAUUGAAUGAUAUUGAGGAUGUUGAAAAGCAUCUUCCCGGUCUUAUUCGUGCUACUAACGAGUGGUUCCGUAUCUACAAGAUUCCUGAUGGUAAGCCCGAAAAUGUCUUUGCUUUCAGUGGUGAAGCCAAGAACAAGAAAUAUGCUACUGACAUUGUCCUUGAAACUCAUGAAGCUUGGAAGGCUCUUAUUUCUGGUAACUCUGAUAAGAAGGAUAUUGAAGCUGUAAACACCACUGUUGAAGAUUCACCUUAUAAGAUUGAUUCUGUUGAUGUUCCUGCUGCUUCUCCUCAACCUGCUGCUCCUAUUGACGCCUCUAUUGACAAGUGGUUCUUCAUUUCCGGCCAUAAUUUGUAAAUUUUAUACGAAUUCAUAUAAUGCAUUUUUUUUUAAAAAAAAAAAAAGAAAUUACCCCCUUUUUUUUUCUCUCUUUUAUAAAGUUCUUGAAUAAAACAAAAAAAAAAUACAUAUUGAUAUAUUAAUAAACAUAUACAGUAC